AUUACUAAGGAAACUUAGCAGCACUCCAUCAGCUGGUUGUUUAUAUUGCCUGCCCACGACUAGCCAUGGGCUACGGAGCAUUACCCCGUUUUUUCUCAACGUACUACUGCGUCUUGUACGAACAAUUAGCGGCAUCGAGUUUGCCUGGCAGCAGGCAGAAAGCUGAGGAGAAUAAAGGCGUUCCAAGCGAGCAAAGGAGAGAGAGGCCAGAGCGCAAAAGACAGCCGGAGGCAAGCCAGCCGAGUUCGAAUCCGUCAACUUUGACGACAAGCCCCAAAACCAACCGGCGUAAAACCCGUGUGCGGGGGGAGAGAGCCAGGAGGCGGAACUCCGACCGCCACUACCACUCCGUAAUAUAUAGUAGUCUAACUCGCUACAAGGAGGAGCGAGUAUGUACAUCUGCGCAGCCCUUCGGCUUGAAAGGUGGUUCUCAAUUUGGCUGCUGCAUUUGCCGGCGUGCCUGCUAUCCAACGCCUAUCAGCUUACUUAUACAAGUUAUGUUUAAAGGCCGAAUCGUUAGUUGGUUAGAUGGUGCGGCGUUGAAGCUGACAGAUGGGCUAGGCCCGCUUGAGAAGGGAACUAAACGGGGUGUUAUCACCGAAUUGCUGUUAGUUGUUUGCAGCAGCAAGUUGAUGAUUUAAUACGUAUCGUAACGCUGUGAUGCAACUCUAUUUGUCUUCGGGGGUGCGGACAAAUAUCCGCAUUAAUGCUGCUGUUGGCCUUGCAGAUAUAUUACCGUACAUUAUCAGACGAGCAACCUUAGGAAAGUCCCCGAUGAAAGGGAGGCAAAAGGGCGCCGGC